AUGGAUAAGUACUGUAGGCAAAAGCACUGUAGAAAUAGAAAUCCUUCCAUCUCUGAAGAGGUAAGCAGUAUUGAAUGGGAAUCUAUAGACAUGAGUGAGGAAGAAGAAGACAUCAUUAACAGAAUGCACAAUCUUGUUGGAGACAGGUGGGAAUUGAUAGCAGGAAGGAUUCCUGGGAGGAGAGCAGAGGAGAUUGAAAGAUUUUGGUUGAUGAGAAACAGAAACAGUUAUGAGGAGGACAAAAGGAAAGUAGAACACAAGAGCAGGCAAAAUUCUUGUGCUUAA